ACUAAAGACAUGUAUGUAAAAUGCAUUUUUGGCCGUCUAGAAGCUGUCUUUUGCUGUUUUAAAGCUAAUUUCCUGCAAUUCUACACAUUUUACUAUCAUAUGCAGACUGGGAUAGACCGGCUAGAUCUGAUCUCGUUACAGUAGUGCAGCCUCGUGCUUCAAUGUAGCGUCCUGUCACCAUGGAGACACCCCGACUCAAAUGACUAGGGAACUUGACUGUGGAUUUUAGCUAGCAGACUUUGGCAUUUGCCAGUUAGCUAGCAAACAUUGAAACUCACGGAUGAAGAAUUAUUUAGAGAAUUUGCUCUGUUUUGGAACACUCCCGUGUCCAGCGUGCUGACAAUCUUUGACUGUAAAGCCAACACUGGACUGAUAGCUAAAGACGCAUGCCGAGGUUAAAUAAAAUCUAACGUUACUGUAGCCAGCUAUUGGAAGUGGUCGCAUGUCAGUCCAGAAUGUUAUCUAGCUAGCUAACAUUAGUGGUUGACAAAGGAAAGAAGAUAUCCUACCUGAAACAUGUUUAAGAACGAAUAUCAGGGUGGAGCUGCUGUAGAGAUCUUCAGUGCACAAGGGAAAGAUCCUGUCGCAAAAUGGAAACUUUGUGGAGGAAAAUCAGCUAUAAAUAAAGAGUUUGACAAAGAGGUCAAGAGCUUUGUGUACAGUCUGGAGGGGAGCAGCCAAGCUAUUAAAAUGCAGAUGCCAAAGGAUGGAAAAAUGGCUCUUGGACUGGUACAGAGAUUCUUGGUCCUCCAGGUGAAUGUUUCCCAAUGUAAAGACUUCUCUACAGAGCUUGUGAUAACCGAUUUAGGUCAUCUGAAAAGGAGGCUGUACCUAUCCACGGUUCAUAAAGAGUUCUCUGCUACACCCUUGCAUGCAAGGAUACCUUUAGGUCUGAAACGCAACAUUUGGUGCAACAUGUGCAUCGACCUUGUGUCAUUCACCAGUGAGCUGUUUAAAGGUGCAGGGUUCUUAUCCUUGGAUGGAAUCACUGUCUCUGCCAGCUGUAAGUUACGGAGAAUCUUCACCAUGAAGACUGAGCCUGCAGGGGCUUCUGAUGGAGACCUAUAUAUUGGUGGAAAUGGUCCCUUGGACUCGAUCCCUCGGAGCUGCCAGUUUCCCCCUGACGUCCACCAGGUGAUCCAGGUAAAGAACAUGGAGAGGCUGAGACUGGCAGACCUGAAGACUUGCCCUCUCAACUCUGAGUCUGAUCAGUCAGGCAGUGGCAGGGUAGCCAGUGCUGCUCGAGGCCCCAAGAUCCAGCCGGACGCCUCCCACAUCGCAUUUGGGUCGAGGGUUUUAGGACCCCCUCCACUGACCGGAAGGAAGAACAGUGGACUCUCAGAGGGACAGGGACAGGAUGGGAGGACACAGGACGGGAGGACACACCGGAGCAUGAAUACGGGGUCUGUCUCUGGUGCAAGAUCAAAUAGAACAGCUGCUUCAGAGAGACAUCAGGAUCAUGGAGACUGGAGCGAGAAACAACCUGGUCCCGGUAGCCAGAAGAAUGACUCUGUUUAUGAGCUGGCAGGGAAGCCAGGGAGCCUGCAGCCGCGCCCACCUAAAGACAGAGCGUCAUCAGACAAGGUGGGGUCCAGGAAGCUACGGGUCCACAGUGCAGGGAAGGAGAAGUUGUCGCCUGGCUCAGACGCUGGACUUAUCCACCAUGGAGACAGGAACCAACGACGUUUGACCCCCAGUGAGAUGAGUGGAGACCAAACAGCAGACAAGUUGUUGUCUCCCAGACCUGUUGACGAGGACAGAGCCUGUUUGGAGCCCUCCAAAUCUUCUCCAGAGCUUCUGUCUGGCCAGUCGACCCCUGUCCCUGACCUCCCCCCAUCACCAUUACCCCUGCAGGACUCAGACAGUGAUGACAGUGAAGGGGAGAGUGAUGUGGAUGAAGUCUCUGAGCCUCAGUUCUCAGUGGAAGACGUGUUCACCUUCUCUUCUCGGCCCCACUCAGCCAAGCGAGGCCAGGGACAAGGACAUGGAGACCAGGGACAUGGAGAGACCUGCUGGACUGAGGAGGCAGCUCAGGCCACUGACACCUACGGCCAGCAGGACACGGGAGGGCACAGGGGGGCCAGGCCAGACGACGACUUCCUAGCCAGUGAGAGUGAGGAGGAGGAGACCUCCUCCAGGUUCCUCUAUCAGAGGUCCAGUGUCCCCCCCAUCCCUGGUACUCCUGGUGUUCCCCCCAGCUCCACCCCUGGUGUCCCCGGAUCAUCAGGCCUAGAUGGGGACACUCCGCCCAGAGCACGGCCUGGGUCCAGUGGGUCCAGUGGUGCAGACCGAACAUUUACCAUAGAGCGAACCCUAACCCACACAGACCCUGCAGGGGGUAAAACCAGGCUGGCUCCCCACACUGACUCCCAAGCAUACAGGAAAACAUUAGAGGUGCCUGAGAUGGUCCCAACCCGCUGCCGAUCACCCUGUCAGGGUACCAGGCAGGGGCAGAGACACAGCAGUCUGGGCCUGUCUGGACCUGGGGGAAGAGGAGGGGGAGCGAGCCAGACUCAGGACAGGAGCAGCAGCAGGACAUCACUGAGCAGGAGAUCUCUACGAGAGAUCAUCCCCCGAGGAGACGCCACAUUAGACAAGGUGGGCGAGGAGAGGAUGGAGAGAAGGCAUGAGCCUGUUGGGUCCAGUAGCUGUGAUUUGCGUCUGUUGGACAGCCUGCGUAUGCAGGAGGAGGAGGAGGAGCUACAUAUGCUGGCCAGUCUACGGCGGGAGCAGGAGGAAGAAGAGGAGGGGGGAGGAGCAACAGGUCUCAGUGCCUCUCAGAUCCACCAAUGUAACGUCAGCAUCAGCACCAGCAGUGAUGAGACAUCCACCUGGACACACAUACCUAUGCCGGCCAAACAGGGCCAUCACUACCAGAAGGAAAUGAACCCACUCUUACACUCCAAUCCAAGAGAAUGGAUGGAUGUCCUCAGCCCUCCCAUUAUUCCUCCUAGCCAGAAGAAAGGGAAGGGGUCAGAGGGCACAGGGGACCAUUGGAGGGGACCCCCAACCAGAGGGGCUGACGGAUCAGUGAAUGGAGGAAAUGAGGAUGAGGAGGAGUACCUGAAUCUUCUCUAUGAUCCCUCUCUUAACUGCUACUUUGAUCCCCAGUCUGGGAAAUACUAUGAGCUGGUCUAAUUCAUCAAGAUUUUUGAUGAGCAAAAUGCAGGAAAAGAACUGAACAGGCAUGUUCACUGCUGGAAAAAUAGAUUUUUACUUAAUUACGCUUUUCUGAACUAUUAAUGAGCCUUAGAAAAGAUUUAUACCAUUCUGUUAUCCUCGGUUGUAUUUAAUAUGGAAUGGUGAGGAUGCUCUUGUAAUUCAUUGUUUAUACAGUGACUUUUUAAAGUGUUCUGUACUGUAUAGUGUGUAUGCAGUAGUGUGUGUGUCGUGUGUCCUCUACACAUAUUUGUGAUUAAACGUGUUUGUUUUAUCCUUG